AUGGCGGCAGCAGAGGCCACGGCUGCAGAGGCUGUGGAAGUGGAGGGGGUUCAAUGUAGCCUGACGGAGCAUGGUGAGCUGGUCAUGCUGCUCCCCGGAGAUUCGCUGCGCCCAGGACCCGUCGUGGGGCGAAGGAAGCCAGAUGGUGGAGUGGUAUUCAACGGCAUGGACGAUUGGCUUUGGGAGCUCUACGAAGGGCAUCGCCCACGGCCAGGCAGCCUGCCCUCUUCUUUCGAUGCGAGCGCCGCGGUGGAAGCUCUGGAUGACGGGGCGCCGUACGUCUGGGACAACUUCGCGACCUUGGAGGAGAUCAAGGAAGCCAACCGGGCUCUGGAGGACAUGUUCCAGAGGCGCGAGCUGACGCGAGGCUCCAGCCUAUGGGUGGAUGAGUGCGCGGAAGGCGGCCAUGCCCGAAAUCGGCGAGCUUUGGAGGGACAGCGCCGCGACGACGCUUGUGGCUUCUGGGACGUCCAAGGUGGAGAGCCGGCACCGCCGGCGCCGAUCUUGCGGCUCUUCAAGCGCUUGGAGGCCGCUGCUGCCAGGCUACGCGAGGAGCAGGGCUGGCCCUUGCUGUGUAGCCGCCUCGGGAUGGGCGCCGUUUACGACGGCCAGGGUGCGUGCUAUGAACAGCACCGCGACAAUGAAUGGCAGCUUCACCUCCGUCCGAAAACGCCGCGAGGUCUGGAGCCUGCGGAUGCCGCGGAAGCAAAGCGUCGGCGCUUGGAUGACACUGUGGCCAAAGGGGCGUGGAUGAAUUUCAGGGAGCUGACAAUGUUGGCUUACGUCAACCUUCCGGAGGAUUUUGGGGAUCAUGAGGCUGGACGACGUUUAGGGGGCCGGUUGCGGUGCUACGUUGCCACGAAGCGUGGAGACCUGACCGGCUCCACAGCUCGAGAGCUGAAGGAGCUGGCGCCUUGCGGCGGACGUGCUGUCAUCUUCCGUUCCAAGGAGCUCCUGCAUGAGGUGCUGCCCAGCUUUGGGAGGCGAUAUUGUCUCACAUUCUGGGUCUGCACUCCUCACGCGUGA